GUCAAGGUGCUGGCGGCUCGGUGGUUGGUAAGUGACAGGCCCCGGCAUGGUGAGCGCACACUCCGGCCGGGUUUAAUGUGACAAAGGCGGCGGCAUGAACGGCUUCAGCACCGAGGAGGACAGCAGGGAUGGGCCGCCCGCUCCCACAGCCCCCUUCUUCGGGCAGAUCUGCUGCCUGAUAGACGGCGGGGAGCGCUGUGCGCGGCCGGCGGGGAACGCGUCCUUCAGCAAGAGGGUCCAGAAGAGCAUCUCCCAGAAAAAACUCAAACUGGACAUCGACAAGAGUGUACGGCAUCUUUACAUUUGUGACUUUCACAAAAACUUUAUACAAAGUGUCCGAAACAAGAGGAAGAGGAAAACUAGCGAUGAUGGAGGAGAUUCUCCAGAGCAUGACACAGAUGUUCCAGAGGUUGACCUAUUUCAACUCCAAGUAAACACGCUGCGCAGAUAUAAACGGCAUUAUAAACUACAAACUCGGCCAGGACUCAACAAGGCACAACUUGCAGAGACCGUGAGUCGACACUUCCGAAACAUUCCAGUGAAUGAGAAGGAAACGUUGGCAUAUUUCAUCUACAUGGUGAAAAGCAACCGAAGCCGGCUUGAUCGAAAAUCUGAAAGCAGCAAGCAGUUGGAUGCGUAGCCUGAACAGCUAUGGGACUGAGUCUGUAAACUUUUACAGACCGUUGAACUGUACUGUACAUAGGAAAUGUCGAGUGCGGCCAUAUUUUCAGCUGCAUAUUGUGCCAUAAAGGUGGAGUUGCCUCUUAAUAUCUCUGCCAGAGAAUCAGGAGGGCAAGCCCUUGUGUUUUUAUGAAUAAGGAAAACGAAGGCACUUUGGACUAUUUGCAUGUGACAGGAAUAAGGACACUGCCAGCAAUUCACUUCUCUUCGUAUAUGAAGUCUCUACCUUUUUGAAAGCUAGAAAACCUUAAAACUUUGUGAAACAAAUGGGUUACAACCUUGCCAUCAAGGAUUUGCAUUUCAGCAGCUUUGCGCUGCUUUCACCAUGUAAGAUCAGCGUGUGUAAUUCUCAGCAAUAAGGUGCUGUUUAAUCUGUGAUUGCUGUGGUAUCUCCAAGCAUUUCACCCCACACACUUUUAAACCAUAAUUUACUAACCUGCAGGUGUCAUUUAAGUGUGUGAUGCAAAGUGUGUAUUCAGUGGAUGUUCAAUAGAGUCAUGUAUAAAACAAGCGGAGACCAAAUUUAUGCAGUUUACAGAUUUACCAUUAAGACUGUUUAAUUUUGCACUGAGGAGACACAAACUUCAAAUGUUUAUAUAAUCAUUUUUACUUUUUAGAAGUUUGUUUUCAGACUAUUCCCACAUGACAAAAAUGAAUUCUGGGUGUACAUGAAAAUGUUUAUCAAAUGAUCGUUUUGAAAGGAUAUGUUGAGUAUUGUAACAGGCAAAAGCUUUCGCACAGGGUUUGUCCAUAUAGCGAUUUUUGUCAAAAGCAUACAAACUUAGCAUGCCAAAUUUCAGCUUUCUAUUACAGCCCAACAAAUUUGAAACUGCUCCAUACCAUGACUACACAUACAUAGUCUGAAGUUGACCUCUAUUUGUUUUUUUUUGUUUUGUUUUUUUUUAAUCAUUUUUCAUGUUUACUGUAUAGUCCCAAUUUUUUUUUAAUUUUUUUAUUUUUUACGACCUGUAAAUAUAUGGCUUAGUGUAAAUAAGCAAUUUAGAAAAGAAAAUAAUGCAUGCUGUCUCUCCAAAGAGCACUUGUAGGUUUUGAUUUUUUUUGCCUGACGUGCUGUAUUUCUCUAUAAGUUUAUAUGCUGUGGAGCACAUGUUACAGUCCUGAUAUUAUUGUAGUCUGUAGACCAUACACUGAUGUAACACAGGCAGGUUAGACUUAUUAUUUUUUUAAUACCUUGUUGGAGAAGUGCAAGGUGUAGUAACUCUUACUAACACUUUAUAAAACAUCCUUUUAUGCAUCUCCUGUC